UCGCUCUCGCUCCUUUCUCACACAGCGAGAGCGAGAUGGCGUUUCUUUUCGAUCGCCUCGCGCUUGUAUUUUCUCCUUCAAUUCGUAGUACCGUGGGUUUUACUAUAUUCCUCGCCUCCUUCUCUUUCCAAUGUAUGUUUUUCGUCGUCUGAAUCCGCGUAUAUCGUCAGUUUCAAUUCCCUUUCUCGGGUUGCGGCCUUUGGUUUGUCUGUUUGAGCUGAAUAGGUUGCGUUCAAGGCUGUUGUGUUGAAGUUCUCGGAAGAAUGUGCCAUUAGCGAUUGUAAGGUUGAGUCCCUCUCUUCUUCCUCUUGAAAACGUAUGCAUUUUCGCCACUUACGCUUCCUAUGGUCGAUAGUUUCACGCUUUUUUUUUUCUCCAGCUGCAGCCUCGGUUUGUCAGUAUUGAACGAGAUUAGAGGUUGAUAGGUUGUACUCAGCGUUAUUGUUGUUUUUUUAUUGGGAAAAAUUUGUACGUGUGAUUGUGAGUUUGGAGGACAGGCGUUACGCUGCAGAAGAGUAUGUGUUUAAUUUCCUUGAGAUCAAUGAGGCAGAUUAGAUAGUGAGCUUGGCUGGUAGGAUUUUUUUUUUUUUUUUUUUUUUUUUUUGAGGCUGGGACUAAGUCCCUAGAGUCUUGAGUAGGAAGGCUAAGGUAUUCUUAGGGAAACGUGCCAAAUUUUGGCAGAGUGCCGGCUUAUUGUCACAUUGCGCAACAACGGGAGAUCCCGUUUCUUCAAUGAAACAGAAAUGAACUGGAGGACUUCUUGACGGGGUGAGGGAAUAAGCAUGUGAAAUAUGAUCGGAUUACGUUAAUCGGUAACAUUCUCGAAACGGAAAACAUAGUUUGAAGGCAGAGGAUUGUGGCUGGUUUGUUGCAUACGACGCAUCAAUGGCUUUGGGAAUACCACCUCAGUUGGCCAGCAUCGAGAAGGAAGUGCAAGGCAUCUUCAAGUUCCUUGCAACCGGAUUUCAAAGAAUAGACAAAAUCAAAGAUGCAGGAAGGCAGAGCAAGCAUCUGGAGGAGCUGUCUGCGAGGAUGAGGGGGGCGAAAAGUCGCAUCAAGGAAUUCGAUGUAGAGAUAAAAGUGGAAGAAGGCAAAAUUAAUCCUGAAUUCAACAAAUUGCUGACUGAGAAGAAACAAUUUAUGAUCACGGAGCGUAAUUCGUAUGUCGCAAAAAGAAGAACGUACACAAGUUUGAUAGGGAACAGGCAAGAAUCCCUCGACAAAGACUCACAUGCUGGGUCUGCCCAGGAUGCGGAUGUCUGUGUGGCCUCAAGUUGGUUAUCUCCUAGGCUUCAUGCGUUGCAUUUCUUCCUAUCAUGCUUCUCUUGUCAGAAGCAGAUACUGUAGAGAUUGAUUACCGAAAUUAGAUUAUUUGUAGUUCCCGAAGCUUCUGUUGUGCUUUACUUCAAUGAAGUUUCACACGAAAUUAUCUACAUCUUUCACGUGAU